AUGAGAAGUGAUCAAUUAUGGUUUGUGGUAAACAGAUUUCAUGGAAAACGCACAAAUCGAGAGUUAAAGCACGAACUAAAAUAUCGAAACAAAGCAGCAAAAUUCGAUCAAGAAAAGGUGGACAUGUUUAAGACAUAUUUCGAGGAAGUUUAUGACAACAAACCCCAUAACUGCAUACAAUAUUUUGACAUCGAUAGAGAAAUAAAACAAGAAAUUGAUAGAUUAACUAAAAUAAAAACAUUCACACAUCCAAAAAUAACUGAAAACGAAUUGAAAAAGUCAAUAUUGAAAUUAGGCAACACAGCAGUUGGUCAUGAUGGUGUUCACAAUAAAUGUUUAAAAAAGUAUACUAAAAGUUUGUCACACCAUUUACCAGCGUUAUUCAACAGUAGUCUCAAGCUAGGUGUCAUACCACCACAAUGGAAACUAGCUCAUAUUAUACUGAUACAAAAACCAGACAAAGAUCCAAAUGAUCCCACCACUUACCGUCCCAUUAGCCUUGAUAAGCUAAUGGAGAGACUAGUUGAACAAAUGUUAAACGAAUUUGCUGAACAACAUCAUUUACUCCCUAACUAUCAAGCUGGAUUCCGACAACAAAGAAGUACAACAGAUAAUCUAUUGCAUUUGAAACAUGAUGUAGAUGUUAAUUUAUAUAAAAAUAAACAAACAGCACUUAUCGUCUUUGACAAUAAACGAGCGUUUGAUUCCGUGUGGUUUAAUGGGUUAUUGCACAAGUUGAAAAAGAUGAAUGUGCCCGAAUACUUAUGGAUCUGGAUUUGUCAAUUUUUAUCUGAUCGAAAAGCAUUGAUUGAAUACAAAUACACAAUAUCAACCACAUUUACAAUGCGACGCGGAACGCCCCAAGGUUCGCCUUUGUUGCCGUUAUUGUACAUAUUGUUCACCAGUGAUUCAUUAUUCACCAUUCCGAGUCAUAGCAACAGUAACUUGUUUGCAGAUGAUACUGCGCUUUGGAGUAGUGCUAAUACAACAAAAAGUUUAUCAAUACGUUUACAAGAAUCGGUAGACGAGUUCGUGAAAUGGUGUAGAUUGUGA